CCUCAUGCACAUCCUCAUGCGCAUCCUUCUCCUUGUCAGGCCCGCCAAGCAGAUCUCGACACCAUUCCACUGCGCAAUGUGGCCUGGUGUGCUUACGGAUCUUCGCCAAACUUUCUUGUUGCAGGCGUGUUUGUGCAAUUGCAAAGGCGCUUAAUUCCGCCCCAUGCAUGUACCUUCGUAUCCAGCCUCCUGCGCGGCAAUGGAUAUGUUAAAACUCCGCACCCCCAGGAUGAGGAAUCCCGAUUACUUCAACAAAGUGCGUUAAAACUUUAUGAAUCCCCAUCGUCGCUACCAAUACAGUUGCAGCGAUGGAGAGCCUUCGACCAGGCUCAGAGCCAUCAGUCGCGCGAUCAUCUAGUCCUGCGCUUCGCCAGUAUCUUAGGCGAGCAAGCCCUGCUACAAACGAUGAUUCAAACCGGUCCACGAUCCAUUAUGUCCCUGCGCAAACGAGCGAUGAUAUCGAGCGCUCAAGUGUAAGAUCGUCAGUGGGUAAACAACAAACUCACAUUGGGUACGAGAAAUUCGACGCACCAAGUACGGAUGGUGGUCGUGCAGCCCAGCCACCUCAUGUGCUCUGGACCGGACUACCCGUGUACGCUCUCACCUGGGAGAUUUUGGGCAUUAUCAUUUCGAUACUGUUUCUGAUUCUAGGGGCAUUUGUUGCGAAGCUCAAAGAUCAGAAUGAGACAGAAUGGUCCAGAACUGUAAUCCAGGCAACUCGAGUUGCUCCCUCUAUAUGGCCGAUCCUGUUUUCUGGGGUUUUAGGAAACGCUGUUCGCCGGUUUGCCAAUUGGCGGGUUGAGCACGGUAUUCAGCUUCUGGCCUUAGAACAGUUGAUGGGUUCCCUCACCAUGGCUGGUUCUCUCAUAGCCAUAUUCACAUGGUGGAUCCUCAAGCCCGCUUCUCUCGUUCUUAUCCUCUUGUGGGCUUUCAAUCCUCUCGGCUCGCAGGCAUCAUUUCGAGCUGUUUAUCUCAGUGACGUCACCGAUGUUGGAACAGGCACAAUCUCUCAUUACGAUCCACGGCUUAGCCUCCAGAUGAACCUCACCGCAUGGUCCUAUAGAACGACUCGAUUAAGGCCUACGAUUCGCGCUCAAUACGAGGCCUUGCUUUACGACGUCAUUGCAAGCACCCAGUAUGCAGAUCCACAGAGUCCCACGUAUGAUAGCAUCAUCACGAAACUUGGGGGCGCACGAGUAGCUGGUGUGCAGUCCGCUAUGGACAUCUGGGGCAAUAUUCGUAUACCACAUCUAGAAUAUAUGGCAGGCUACAAUCCAUCGGAUCCCGCGGAGUGGGUUUCUGUACCGUGGACGGAAGCCGUUCAAAACUACAGCAGCUUGGCAGGCGAUCGAUUUGAAGGCGUCGAUCGAGCCGUAACAGGUAACACCACAUUUAACAUGUCCUCCAGCUAUCAAACGUUCAAUUGUGCGCCUUGGAUACGUCUCAAUGGUUCUCAGGCUAGGUCGUGGAUCUCGACAACGUUCGGUUAUAACGGAACGGUGCUGUGGAGCGGAAUAGCGGCAGUAAACAGAGGACACACUAAUCGACUCUUACCGCGAACAUACUUCGCGGCAUCGUCUGCGGGAAAAGUUUACAACAGAACAUAUCCAGGAUCACCACAGCUUAUCUUCGGAAACCGAAUCGCCUCGGAGGAGGGUCUUAACUACACCUCCUGUGACAGUAGGACAACUUAUGUUGACACGCAGGUCGAAUGUAGAUCGCAAGGCACGGGUGCCAAGUUGACGUGCGGCGUCAAGGCCAUCCGAAAGAUGCCCACUGCGCCAGAGUCCGACGCAUACAAUCUACUGGAGACAUGGCGCGUUCGAGAGGGCACGGGUACAAACAUUGUUCCGUUAAUGCCACAUAGUUUUCUCGAUGAUUUCAUGGAUCUCCUCGAUGACAAUAACGGGGGCAGCGGCGCCUCGAGCUUGGUCGAAUACUACAUUCAAGACCCCCUUACAGCCUUCGGUGCAGGCCCAUACAGCAAAGAGGAAAGCGCGGAGCUCUGGGACGUAGACGUCAAGCUGGUAGAGAAGCGCUUAAGCUUGCUGUACAACACACUGUGGAAACUUGGCUGGACGUAUAAAUCGAUCCACGGAGGGGACUGGGUCAGAGACGACAAGAUCGAUAACAUCGCAAACGUAACCGCGGACACCCUUACACCACUCCAACCUGUCUACGCAAUCGACAUGCCGUGGAUGAUCAUCUAUUUUGUGUCUGUGGGCAUCAUGCUUCUUGCUGCACUCAGCUCGCUUGCACUACACGCGUUGUGCAUCGCGCCUCCGAUGUUGGGCUAUGUCAGUAGCCUCGUCAGAGACUCUGUGUUCUUCAGCGAGCCUGGCAUACAGGGUAAUAGCACAGAAGGAGGCUCGAGUAAGGCUCGUAGACUCGGUCAGAUGAAGGUCAAGAUCGCCGACGUAUGGUCUGGGGAGAGUGUGGGCAGAGUUGCCUUUGCGCCUGCGGAGGGCAAGGGUGCGAUGCAGAAGGGGAAGUGGUAUGAAUGAACACCCAGAACAAAGAUGCAGCUAUACUUGUCACAAUUCCCGUGGACGUCUCAGCUUGAUGCGACGCAUGCGAAGCUGACGCUUUUGGUAGCCACAACAGCUUGGGCGACUAUCUGCAGUCAAACGUGUGCAAGUGCGUAAGUUAGUCUUGCGUGGUUGCUACUGCUGUUGGUUGGUCCAUGCUCGUUGGCCAUGAAGUCUGAACACAGGCGGCUCCGCAGUGGUUAAUCGUCUGAACUGUAGUAGGGUGAGCCCUGCGAUUCAGGUAAAAAUAGAGUUUAUUGGUUAGCAGACCCUGCAAUUGCUUGCAAACACACACAAGUGGCCUAACUACUCAAUCGUGAGCUUCAAACACACAGGAAACUUUGGGUGUGAACGUUCCGAGAGUCUCUAAUCUUU